AUGGCUCGCAUCAAAACUACAGCCAAGAGAAAAAUCUCAUCUUUUGAUCCAGAAACAGACUCAAAAAACUAUUCAAGUUUUGAAUCUGCUGGCCAUGGAAUAAAAAACAAGUAUGUCUCUCCUCCUAGGGCACCUCCUCAACCACUUUCUCAAAAAACCAAAAAACCCUCAUCUUCAAAACCCACUGCCUCAACUAGAAGGUCUUCAAGAGUUCAGUCUAGAGUUAUCUCUUCUAGCAAAAAGGUUCUUCAGGACUCUACUGUUUAUGUGGUUGAUUCAGACGAUUCCAAAGGAAAUACCUCAGCUAAAUCGAUCCCUAAAUCAUCUUCCAAACCUUCCACUCCAAAAAGGUCAAAAACUAAAUCAACUGAACAGGGUAAACUUACUCCAAAGAAAUUUCGUUCAUCCAAACCAAACUUUUCUGCUCCUCUUUUUGACUCCACAGAUUCAGAGACAAAUUAUACCUCAAAGUGGUUCAAUAAAUCUGUGGUUCAUGGCAAGCACAUUGACCUAAUUAACUUGAAAAAUGGUGGCUUUAACGUUGAAGAAGUGUUUGAUAAGUUAGGAUGGACCUCCUUUUUUAGAGUAAAUGAACCACAAUACCCACGGCUGGUAAAGGAAUUCUAUGCUGCAUGCAAUGGCUGUAAAGGAAGCCCUGGUUUCAGUUUUGUAUUUAAAGGAGUACACUUGGAAGUAAAUCCCACUACAUUAUGCAAAAUCCUUGACCUACAAGAUGUUGGAGCCCACUGUUUUGCUGAAACUUGGUAUAUGCAAUAUAUGAUCACUCGAACUUCCGUUCUUCAAAAUAUCAUGAUAAAUCCUCGUAAACCUCUCGUAGCUUCAAACCUUCCUCCUAUGUGUCGGAUUUUUCACAACAUUUGUGUUCACUCGAUAGUGCCUCGAGCUGGGAGCUUUGAAAAGGUAACCGAACUUGAUAUUCUGAUUAUUCAUCAUCUGUUGACUGGAACACCCCUUCAUUUGGGCAAAAUCAUAUUUAGCUACAUGUUGAAUGCUGCCAUUGUGGGUCGAUCAGCUCCCUAUGGGAUGAUCUUGACCAAAGUCUUUAAGUUCUUUAAGGUACCUCUUGAUGAUGAAGAAAGUAUUCAGUGCAAUAACUUCUUUUCUAUGAAAAAUAUCAAACAAAUGCGCAUUGAUCUGCCUGAAAAAACCCUCACCUCAAGGAAGAAGAAAACUGCCUCAAAGAAAUAG